AUGAAGGCAGGUUUCACUUCUAAGCUCUCGCCUUCGCGACACAUCAAGCCCGAAAUACUAACGCAGGGCCUUCAGUUCCUCCCACUACGCGACUUCGACGACGUCACCAGCGCGUUGAACUUCAACACCCCCGAUUGCCAUGUCGUUGGCGGCUGCGAUCUGUACACCACAAAGGCUGCUGGCUCCGAUAAGAAGCUCUAUCGCAAUAUCGAAAACUCCCUAGAGUCGCAAUACGAAUCCUUGCUCCGGCUGUCAGCCUCGUUCUCUCCCCCACAAUCAUCCGCGCCGGCAUCGCUCGAUCUGAGUAGGUCAAGUCCAUUCGGGCCCCUGAGCCAGAUAUCAAGUCGUCGGACUUUCGCAUAUCUGAUCGCCACGCUGAAUGCCAGUCACCCUGACUAUGACUUCUCUCAUAUCCUGCGACCCACGGAUUUCAGGCGGGAGCGAAGCCUGAAGGCAGUGAUGAACAACAUCGAUUCAACGAUGUACAACUUGAGGCCGAGCCCCAGCGCUUCCCUUGAACUCCCACCGCCACCUAAAGGCGCGUCUGCGGCGCCAGCUAGCCAGGCGUGGGGACCUCGUAUGUGGACCGUCAUUGACAAGGAGAUGACUCUCAAGGAGUGCUCCGUCUACUGCUGGUCGCCAGAGGAAUCCGAGUGGGACGGCGAAGAAGGCUCCAUCUGGAGCGUGCACUAUCUCUUUUUCAACAAGGCCCGAAAGCGCGUUGCCUACAUCUAUGUCCGCGGCAUCCCUAUCAUGACUCACAGCCCCAGACUCGGGUUUCCAAAACGCAGCGCCAGUGGCGUGAGUAGGGAGAGCGGGGCGAACAAGCGUGCUCGGUACUGGCUUGGCGACAAGGCCGAUAAUGCCACAGGCCAUCCGGACGACGAUGACAUUGAGCGGAAGGACGACUGGACGGUGUCGGAAGAGUUCGAUCUGAACAAUGAUGAUGAUGAUUUUAUAUCAGACCUUGAUGUCUUCUCUGAUGACUAUGAUGACGAAGCAGAUGACGAAGACGAGGACCAGGAUCUGAAGGCGCCCGUACGCGGGGUUAGUGAGGAGGUCGCUGCGGAGAUGGAGAUUUGA